GUAAGCCAUUAUAACUUAACAAUUGCCAUGCCUACUUGCAAUCAAGUUCUUGAUUAGCAGCCUCUCAUUCAUUGUGACACAGAGAAAAGAAAGAAAGAAGAUAAAUUUGUGCAAUACAAAGCUCAAACAAGGAUUGAUGUGUAUCUCUGAGUCAUCCAUGUUCAUUCACCAAGAUAUUUUUCCAUUUCUUCUCAACUCUACGCCUCACUCUCACACAGGCUAUGUAGCUUGAAAACGAUUCUCUCUUUAUCUUUAUACGAUUCUUUGAUUCAAUCUAGAAUUCACUUCAUCUAUCUUUAUUCUUUUCUUGUUCGCUAUUUGCAUUAGCUGUGCCACAUGGGAUUGGGGCUGAUUUGCAAAGCAAGGAUACACAAUUUCAAAGGGGACCAAUCCAAAUGGAUUCAUACUUGGCUUUGAUUGAACAAUCGUUUAAUACUAGUUACUCUAUCUGGGCACGGGAAGCUCUCGAUGAAUUGCCUGAAUGUUUUACCAUCACCGAUCCUUGCAUCUCCGGCCACCCGAUUAUCUUCGCCAGCAGUGCCUUUUUGAAGAUGUCUGGCUAUUCUAAGGACGAGGUUAUCGGCCGAAAUGGAAGGAUUUUUCAGGGUCCUGAGACUAACCGGAGGUCCGUCAUGGAAAUCCGUGAGGCGAUUCGGGAGGAGAGGGCGCUGCAGAUCAGUUUGUUGAAUUAUCGCAAAGACGGCACGCCGUUUUGGAUGCUGUUUCACAUAAGCCCUGUUUUUGCUAAGGAGGAUGGGAGGGUCAUUCACUUUGUAGCGGUUCAGGUGCCCAUUUUGAGUAGGCAGCGGCUAAACGGGUUGAGUUUGAGUGAGGAAGGGUCAGGAUUUAAGGAGAUUGUGUUUGGUUCGUGUAGGAGAGAGGUUUGCUCGAUGGAUAUGUGUCGGGUUUCGGCAUUGGAUUCAGAUAGUAGAGGAUUAAAUACCGAGGAACCAUGCGAAGCUAGUGAGGCAGAGAAGCGAAGAGCAGCAUCUGCCAUUAACAAUAUUUUGUCUGUACUAACUCAAUAUAGCGAGUCAACUGGCAAAUUGGUGUGUGGAAAAAGAUGCAGCUCACCUGGAGCAACCCUUAUCAGUUCAUCUUUAAAUAUAUCUCUUGGUAGAAUCAAACAAAGCUUUGUAUUGACGGAUCCGCACUUGCCAGAUAUGCCUAUAGUUUAUGCAAGUGAUGCCUUCUUGAAAUUGACAGGUUAUGCUAGGGAUGAAGUCUUGGGGCGCAAUUGUAGAUUUUUAAGUGGAGUUGAAACAGAUUCCUCAGUUCUUGAGAAGAUAAGAGAAAGCAUUCAAGCUGAACAAGCAUGCACAGUACGUAUCUUAAAUUACAGGAAGAAUAAGAGUACAUUUUGGAACCUUCUUCACAUAUCACCUGUUCGUAAUGCUACAGGCAAGAAUGGUCAAGCCAGUGCUUCCUGCUGCCAAAAAGGGUCUCGUGCCACCCUUAGAAAUUUAUGAUUGAUUAUCAACCCCAUGCUUUACCCAGCAUCAAUCAAUGAUUCUAACCUCAUUCUCUAACUCUGUUCACCAUCCAAUCAUCAUAGUCAAAACAAGCACAAAAUGCAGUAUUUGGACAAACAAUGGACCACUCUUUUCUGGAAAAACAUGUGCCAAACUUGCAGAGUUGGGGGUGAAUCAGGUUAUCAAGAAUCCUGGGAUUUGUUUCAAUGCCAAUGGAGAAGCUCUGAUAUCAGCAGUGAAAAGAGAGAGAACAGUGGACUGCAGCUGCCAAAUGUAUCUGUGUCCAUCAAACUCUUUUGCUUAUUUGUUGUAUGGAUCAAACUAUUUUACAUAAAAGGGCAGACAUUCAUAUUUACCCGGCAAGCAAAAGAAGCCAAAGUCUUCAAUAUUAUAUGGUGAUUUUAGGGCAUCUUUGAGAGAAAGCUUGGGAGACACAGAUAGAGGGGAUUGACAGGGAGGGGGUGAGAGAAGGAAAAUGGAGGGGAAAAAAUCUUAUAACAGAGACAGGUUGGUUAAUUAUAAAAUUUGUUGUGGUUUACUCAGACCAAAUAUAGUUCUUCUGUUUGUUGGGGGGAUGAAAAUAUAAAUGGUAGUCUUAAAUCCCCCAUCAAGAUCGAAUAAUUUGAGAUGUAUUUACUUUUCUGGACUAUAUUAUCUUAUUUGACUGGGGGGAUGUUAUGUCAAUUGUGCUGAUUUAGGAAAAGAAGAAUUCACCGGGUUCUUUUGCUUACCUUUUGUUUCAGUUACUUGGCUUGGAACAUGGUUGCUGUUCAGCAGCUCAGCUAUAUCAGACAACCUCAACCAAAAACCAUUUUAACGUCUUUCUUGGUUACUUUACUUCUUCCUUCUUCUCUCUCCCUGUCUCUCUCUCUCUCUCUCUCUCUCUCUCUGUCUCUCUCUAUAUGUCAUGUGUGUAUGCCUCUAAUAAUCACCAUAUCAAAUACAAUUCCUCACAGUCACACUAUACAUGUGGUUCAGGCUAACCCUCUCAAACUGUUGGCCAUGGAUAAUGAUUGUUGAUUAUAUCUCAUUUUUGUAGAACUUCAAGAGAUAAAUACAGUUGUUGUUGUACCCAUUUUAUCAAUUUAUGGUGGUCCAAUCUUAAACAUUGUGAAAAGGUGAAAGAUGCCAUCCACAAUGAUAAGUAGAAGUAGAGAAAACCAUUGCUUUUUAUGCUUCUAGGGUUGAAGCACAGGAAAUCUAUACACAUAUACACAUGUAUAUCCCUCAGUUGUCAUUGUCAUUUUCUUGGGCUGGUUAUUUGCUGUGGCAGGUAGCCCAAGGUCUAUGAAACAUAUUAAUACCCCAUCAAUAUUUGGCUGUUUAUUCGUUGGAAAUUCCAUGGUCCCCUAUUUUUCUGCUUGUUUAAGUUUUUCUGAGGAGUUUCAGAAUCGUAAUGCCAUUAUCUUGCUGUGUCAAUAAACUAUAAUACAACUUGUGGAAGAAAUAUAUCAUUGAAGAGAGCUAUAAUUCUGGUUGCUGUUGAAGAAAUUUAUCAUUGAAGUGACAGGCUUACCCAUUUAGUAAUGACCUCACUUGUCAACAAAGUGUAGGUACAGCAGAUGCCAAGAGGGUUGGGAAUCUUUAGUAUUAAGGUUGUAGGUGUUCUAUUCUAGGUGUAAAAUUGAUGGGAGACUGCCAGUUAAAGAUUUAAUACUGCCUAAUUUAGGAAGAAAUUGGGAAAUCAAUUAUAUUGCUUUCUUAUUUGGGUCAGGGUUUCUCAUAAGCAUUUUGAUUAACUCUUUGGUGUUAUUAUUUUCAUUGAAUUGAUGAUAUAAUUGAAUUACCAACAAAUUGGUCUUCUUGCCUUUGUGUUCUGAUGAGGAUGAUUCUAAGCUAAAAAUACCAAAUGGCUGUGGAUAUGAGAACAUGAACAUAUUGGUUUCCACUUUCCAGUAAGUUGGAUGUCAGCAGCUGAGAAUGAUACAUUGUCAAAAUGGGAAGGAGUUCUUUUAUAUAUUUUGACAAUGUGGGCGAUUUAUUGCUUUUUACUAUUGAUCAUGAACUGCUGGUGUUAGUUACACAAGCACCUUGGCAUGUAGUUCAUUCAAUCUUCAUUCUUGCUUUGCCCAGUUGUUUUAUUUUGGUUUAAAUAUCUUCCAAUAGUUUGGAUUCUAAUUUUAAGGAAAUAAGACCAAACAUGUGAUUUCUUUAUGCAAUUCUUGUCUUUCUUACUGGGUGUCUGACUGUUCAGAUAGCAUACUAUGUGGGUGUCCAAAUAGAAGAAGGGUUUCAGAGCCAGGAAAGUCAUGGAUUGAACCCUGAGAUGAGGCAGCUUAGUUGCGUAGGUGCGGUGAGGGUAGCUGUAAGAAGUACAUCAAUUGGUGCCGGCUCCUCUAAAUCAUAGGAUAUAACUUCAACAUUCUUUGCUGCUGGUUACUGGUUUUGAAAGAGGAUUAAUACUCACCCUGAAAUUCAUCAUAUUAUCUUGUAAAGGCUAGAAAUGGGGACCCUGAUGGAUUCUUGUGAUAUUCAAAUUGUCAAUAUAUAAAAAUAUGAUUGAGGAUUCA